UAGCAGAGAGACGCUGCUCUCGGUGCAUUUCCAGUCUGUCAGCAGCAGCCAGAGACCACGCCGAGCAGAAGGGAAUCAGACUACAUGAAAGCAGCCCGAUGAAACAUGAACUGGGGAUUCCUGGAGAAUGUGUUAAGCGGGGUAAACAAGUACUCGACUGUCGUCGGGCGGGUCUGGCUCUCCAUCCUCUUCGUGUUUCGCAUCCUGGUGUACGUCGCCGCCGCCGAGCAGGUGUGGAAGGACGAGUUCAAAGACUUCGUCUGCAACACACAGCAGCCAGGCUGUGAGCAGGUUUGCUUCGACCGCUUCUUCCCCAUCUCUCAAGUGCGGUUAUGGGCCAUUCAGCUGAUCAUGGUGUCCACCCCGUCGCUGCUGGUGGCUCUGCAUGUGGCUUACAGGGAGCACAGAGAGAGCAAGUACAAGAGGAAGCUGUACCAGGAUAAAGGCAGCAUCGACGGAGGGCUGUUCUUCACCUACAUCAUGAGCCUCAUCCUCAAGACGUCCUUCGAGGUGGCCACUCUGCUGGCUUUCUUCUUCCUGUACAGCGGCUUCCACGUUCCCCGCUUGCUCCAGUGUGACGAGAGCCCCUGUCCCAACACGGUGGACUGCUACAUCGCAAAAGCCACCGAGAAGAAAAUCUUCCUUUAUAUCAUGGGCUGUACGUCUAUCCUGUGCAUUGCACUGAAUGUGGUGGAGAUGAUGUAUAUCAUAUCGAAGCAGUGCUGGAAGUGCUUCAGUAAGAGGUACGCUCCUGUGCAUGAAAGAAGCGGUCGGCCUCCAUCCACGCUCACUCUCGGCUCACCGCCGUCGCUAGCCAUGUCUAAAGACGAAGGCCUUCAUUCUGCGCCGGCUGCAAAGGAAAGCCCAAAGCUUGCUGCUGCGUGAACACUUGGGCUUUUUCAUGCAUGCUACACCAGUUCUUCUCCGCUGAUGGCUCAGUGAAGACAGACAGCAAGGAAUCACAAGAACAAGUGCAAAUAACAAACUACAGUCACAUAGAGCUAUGUUAGCAGAGCACACAGAUGUAGGAACUUUCAAAGGGGAAGAGCAAACACUUCCCAUAUCUUUUGUUAUACUGUAGUCAAAUUAGACCUCAACAUGCCCUCAUCCUCACAAACCAUCAACAUAACUACACAAUAUACCAAAAUACAACCCAGAUGACAUUAAAUACAGGUUCAUUUGAAAUGAGGGUAAGUUUGUCAACCACAGUAUGUUUUGUGCUGAGAAUAUGAAACUAUUUACUAUUACUAAACCAAUGUUGUCAUGUUGAUCAUUUAGCAUAUUGUUGGGCCUGUGAAGCUCAUUGUAAUAUUUAUUUUUGUUUGAUAAAUAAUUGCGGUACUGUCCAAUUACAAAACCAGAUGAAAACCACUUGGUUAAAUUGUAAGGACCCACUUUAUAUUAAGUGUCUCUAACUACUAUGUACUUACCUUUA